AUGGUUCAUCUUGCAUCUGCCGUCACCGCCGGCCUCCUCGGUCUGGCUUCCGUUGCGUCCACCCACCCGGGCCACGACCACAAGGCAGAGGCUACUGAGCGCCGCAACUUCUUGCGUAAUGCGCCAAUUCACACUCGCAGCCUAUCUCAGUGUGCCUCCAAGUUAAAGGCCCGCGGUCUUGAGAGCAGGAGCGUUUCCCGGCGUCAAAACGCUGUAAACCAAAUCCGCCGCCGCCGUGGUUUGAGCACUGAUGCACAUUUCCUCAAGGCGCGUGACCUGGACACCAUCCUAACCACCUCACACGCCUCAAACCUGACCGGCCUUACCGCAUCGACUGAUCCGUCAGUCCUUUUUGGAUCUGAGGCCACCUGUAUUCUGGGCCCCGAUGUCACCCAGGGCCCUUACUACGUCACCGGUGAGCUGAUUCGUGAGAACAUCGUUGAUUCCCAGGAGGGUGUGCCUUUGUACAUGGACAUCCAGGUUAUCGACACUAACACCUGCGACCCUUUGCCCAAUGUCUACAUGGACCUCUGGCACUGCAAUGCCACCGGUGUCUACUCGGGUAUCCAGGCCAGCGGCAACGGCGACUCGUCCGAUGCUACUAACCUUGACGCUACUUUCCUGCGCGGAAUUCAGCCCAGCAACAACGAGGGCGUUGUCCAGUUUGAGUCUAUUUUUCCUGGUCAUUACACUGGCCGUGCUACCCACAUUCACGUCCUGACUCACGCGAUCAACGAGACUACUGUUCUCAAAAACAACACCCUGAACAACCUCUACAUCACCAAGUCCUCUCACAUUGGCCAGCUCUUCUUCGACCAAGACCUGAUCACCAAGGUCGAGGAGACCUCUCCCUACUCCACCAACACCCAGGACCUGACUACCAAUGCCAAUGACAGCAUCCUGUCUGAAGAGGCCGACAAUAUUGAUCCCUUCAUGGAGUACGUCUUGAUUGGUGACGACGUCUCCGAAGGUAUCUUUGCCUGGAUCUCUGUCGGCAUUGAUGGCACCGAGGACACUGACGUUACUCCCGCUGCUUAUUAUACUUCGGAGGGGGGUGUUGAAAACGAGAGUUCCGGUAGCGGCAUGGGCGGCGGUUCACCUCCUGGUGACUCCUCUUCUUUCACCGCUAGCGGUGGCCGCCCUACUGGUGCUUAA